AUGGCACUACCAGGAGACUGUGUUACAGCCGGAAACCACGACGUACCAAUUCAAGGAUAUGGUAACAUAGAUAUAGAGGUUCAAGGCCCGACAGGGAAAACCUUGUUUAGAUUGCGGGACGUAGCGUUUUGCGAACAUUUCGCCGCAAACCUCGUCUCGUUGCGUCAGUUGCAAAGGUAUGGCUACUGGUGGGACAACCGUCCUAACCAGAACUGCCUCCGCACUCACCACGGAAGAAUUAUAUGCAAAAUAUUCGACCGCCAUGAUCAAUAUGUCCUAGAAUAUAUUCCGGGAGACAAGUCAAAACAGUCGUUCCUUGUAAGACGGAACACAUUCAAUUCAUGGACUGGACGGCGACCUGCCGGCGCAGAUGCAAAGAAAUGGCAUCUUCGACUUGGUCACCCAGGUCCACAAGCCCUGGAGCACUUGGUCAAUUGCUCAACGGGAGCAAGGAUCAAAGGCAUAACCACCACCGAAUGCGAUGACUGUGCUGUAUCUAAGGCUAAACGGCAAGUCAGCCGCAAGCCACGGAACACAGAAAAUGCACCAGGAAUACGACUUGCAGUAGACUUCCAUGAUUUUCAGCACAACUCUCAAGGAAAACAGCAUGUGAUGUUGAUCACUGAUAGGUGGUCUGGAUACAUAUGGGACUUCUACCUCGCUGAUCGUGGAGCGGAAACCAUGAUUGAAGUAUUCAAUACUUUAUUCGGCAUUCUUGAAAGACGAUUCCGAAUUAAACCGAGUGUCAUCGAGUGCGACAACGAAAUAUACAAAAGGAGGCUACAAGUGCGCCAGUUCUUGGAAUCUCUCUUCAUUGUGAUCGAGCCCUCAGCCCCAGACACACAAGCUCAGAAUGGCGGUGCUGAACGCUCGGGGGGCAUAAUCAAGAACAAGGCACGCGCAAUGAGAAGCGGGGCCAGGCUACCGGUCUACUUAUGGGUAGAGGUUUUCAAAGCUGCUGUAUACCUAUACAAUCGAACACCAAAGUACAUCUAUAAAUGGCAAUCACCGUAUGAUCGCUUCUACACCUUCGUGGCUGAACGCGAUGGUGUUGCAAUUGAUGGUAGAAAGCCAGAUCAGAGGCAUCUCCGAGUUUACGGAUGCAAGGCAUUCGCUAUGACAAGAGAAGCCUUACGAAAAUCCAACCGCCUGGAAAGAAUGAAUCCAAGGGCAUGGAUUGGUUACCUCGUCGGAUACCAAUCCACAAAUAUUUAUCGGAUUUGGAACCCAAAACUAGGUACCGUCAUCUCCACAAGAGACGUGACAUUCAAUGAAGACGAAUGUUUCAACGGAGACCUUAAUCAAAUGAGGGACGACCUCCGUCAUAUGAGUCGAGAAGAAUUGGUUGCCAUUCUUCGAGACAUUGAGGAGCCGUCGAACCAGGAUGAUAUGCAAGAGGACGUUGAAGGUGAGGAUGAUAUUGUGUAUGGUGCGGGAAAUGGAUGGAACAUUGGUGCAAUCCAGCGAGUGGAUGAGCGGAGCGGGGAUGAACGAACUGAGGUGCCAAGUGCACGAUCAGUGGUUGACGGUUCUGGAAGAAGUGCCCAAACUGCAGCCGUGAGUCUCCCUGAAGUGUCAGAAGCACUUCCCGCGUUUGAUGACUGUCCCAGUGAAGGUAUCCGAACACGGACCGGCAUGCCACUGGCAGAGUCAGGAUCACAGGAACCUUCCAGGAAACAGGGGCAGGGUCACAUCUUACCCAAUUCUGGGGCUCAACAACGGCAGGAUGCCGACUGUAGGGAGACGUCCCGCAGUCCGCUACCUGAUGCAUUUGCGAGGGAACCCCCCGAGUCGGCCAAAGAAGCCGACACGCAAGUCCAACAUUAUCCAACACCAGCACGGUCAGAAUCUUUUCCUGCGGCCCUCAUGGCAUAUUGCUUUGGGGAUGCAAAUGAAGUUCUUCAAGCUGAAGAUGAAACAAUCCAGCGCUCCGACAUUGAUGUCUGGAAGGCAGCAUUCGCUGCUGGGCGACAUGCAAUGCCAAUUGGAGUAAUUGACAAUAAGCAAAUAGAUAAAGCCAAAUUUCUUCGGUCCCUCAAAAGACCGGAAAGGCGAUCAGGACCAAGCGGCACACUUAAUGGCCAGCCAGUUGACAAGGACAAGUUCCGGAAGCUACUGGCUAAAGCCGUGUCGCCCCACAGACGGCAAAUGCCAGCUCUUCCAAGGUCGCACCAUGAAGUGCUGAUGCAUCCAAUGGAGUCAGAGUUUCUCCAAGCAGAAGCUAUUCACCUUCAAAGUCAUGUUGACAUGAAGACGUACAAAGAAAUACCCAAAGACGACCCGUCAGCAAGAGGCGAGCAAGUCUUGGACUGCAUGUGGGUCUACACAUACAAGUUUGACAAGCAUGGUUAUUUCCAGAAGUGCAAAGCACGGUUAGUUGUACGAGGAGAUCAGCAAGCGAAAUCCAUACACGAGGAUACAUACGCCUCUACACUAGCUGGACGCUCAUUCAGAAUCCUCAUGGCUAUUGCUGCAAGGUUCGAUCUCGAAUCAGUGCAAUAUGAUGCUGUCAAUGCUUUUGUCAAUGCCAAAAUAAACAGAGACAUAUUUAUGAGAAUGCCUCCAGGGUACCGUAAGCCUGGAAGGAUAUUGAAGCUCCAAAGAGCACUAUACGGAUUAAGAUGUUCGCCCCUGCUUUGGCAGAAAGAGCUGACAAACACCCUUGAAGAGCUUGGGUUUGAGAAGGUCCCACAUGAACCUUGCUGUAUGAUGAAGAAUGGCAUCAUAAUAUUCUUUUAUGUGGACGACAUCGUCCUAGCAUAUAAAAAGGGCAAAGAAACUGAAGCCCAAAAUCUGGCUGACCGUCUGAAACAGAAAUACAAACUGACCGGCGGAAACCAACUACAAUGGUUCCUGGGAAUAGAAAUUACCCGAGACCGAGAUCAGAAACUUAUUUGGUUAUCCCAAUCUGCUUAUAUUGAUAAGAUCGCUAACUUAGCAGGGAGCGUAGAUCGAAGACUGAAUGUGCCCAUGUCGGGACCAGAGCUCUUACCAUACGAAGGAAGAGCGUCCGCCGCCUCAAUACGGAAAUAUCAGAGGAAGAUCGGAUCACUGCUUUACGCAGCAGUAAUAACCCGACCAGAUAUUGCGUUCGCAGUGUCAAGACUGGCUCGAUUCAACAUGAACCCUUCAAAUGAACACCACGACGCAGCAGAUAAGGUUCUUCAGUACUUAACACAGACGCGAACACUUGCGUUGCAACUCGGCGGAGGUGACGAGUUCCUUGUGGCAAGCGACGCAUCAUUCGCAGAUAACUCAAUUGACCGAAAGAGCUCCCAAGCGUAUGUAAUGAAACUCUUUGGAGGAACAAUAGCCUGGAGAGCCAACAAACAGGACACCGUAACUACCUCAACGACAGAGGCAGAGCUUCUUGCAGUGUCCCAAGCGGCAAAGGAAUCAAUGUUUGUCAGUCGUCUGCUCAAGGAAUUGAGUAUUCGCCUUGACGACCAGACAAUACAUAUUCAAUGCGACAACCAGCAGACAAUCAAAGUGGUCAACAAAGAGAUUGGUUUACUCCAAACUAAACUUCGACACGUUGAUGUCCACAACCAUUGGCUCCGGCAAGAGGUGCAGAACAAGACCAUUUCAGUCGAGUAUAUGCCAAGUAGCGAGAUGAUGGCAGAUGGCUUAACCAAAGCUCUCACCACUCAACGCUUCAGAGAGUCUGUGGCGAGACUGGGACUAGUGGACAUUGCGACGCGACUGCAGCAACGACAGCUGAAUGAGAUGGACGAGACUUUGCAACAGAAGCUUAACCCGCUAGAGAUGUGA